AUGAAUAGUUUUUGGUGGGGCUGUGAAAGGGAAAGAGCGAGAGGUAUCAGGUGGAAGAGUUGGGAGAGAUUAUGUGUUCCAAAGCAGCAUGGAGGUAUGGGUUUCAGGAAGAUACGGGAAUUCAAUAUUGCUUUGCUAGCUCUCAUUAACCCCAUAGAACCCAGGUGGAAUGACACUCUACUUAACUCCCUGUUCAACCAUGAAGAUCUGAUUAGCAUUAAAAGCAUCCCUCUCCCGGACUCGAAAAUGCCUGACAGCAUUAAAAGCAUCCCUCUCCCGGACUCGAAAAUGCCUGACAAAAUGAUUUGGAUGGCUCUCCCGGACUCGAAAAUGCCUGACAAAAUGAUUUGGAUGGAGGAUAUGAAAGGUGUUUAUACUGUGAAAAGCUGUUACAAAUCUCUCAUGGGCAAUUAUCAGUCAACUCAAGUUCCCUUUUGGACGAAAGCCUGGAAAUUUAUGCUCCCUCCAAAAAUUAAGGCUUUCUUUUGGCAGUUGUGCUCCAAUUCUCUGCCUACUCACGACCGUUUGAGAACAAGAAAUAUUCAAGUGCCGAAUGUAUGUCAGCUAUGCAACACUGAGGAGGAGUUUUCUUUCCAUUUAUUUGUGUGUUGCCCUCUUGCAAGGGACUGCUGGAACAUCCUUGGUGGAAUCAACUAUCACACUUCCACCUCCACACUUGAUUGGCUUGAGCAGAUUUUCACCUCAAAAUCUGAUGAUGAUAUUUGUGCUUUAAUUUCUGUUUGUUGGAAGAUAUGGAAUGCCAGAAAUGAAAAGAUCUGGAAUCAUAAUAUCCUUCCGGCUUCUUUCAUUUGUCACUAUGCUAAAAAUUACUUGUUUGAGUGGUCCACUGUUACCACUAUAACUGACAGGUCUCUGGAUCAUGCUCACUGGAUCAGACCACCUUCAUGA